AUGAAUGAGAUCAAAACUACCAACUUCAGUCCCAUGAGGAAGAGGCAGAAAAGAAUGCAAAUUGCAGUUCCUCCGAGCAGCUACAAAAUAGACUUUAGGGACAUCAUUAUUUUCAUUGUGGAGAGGAAAAUGGGAAUGACCAGGAGAACCUUCCUGAUGGAUCUAGCAAGAAGAAAAGGCUUCCGGGUAGAGAAUGAACUCAGUGAUUGUGUCACCCACAUUGUGGCUGAGAAUAAUUCCUGCUCCGAAAUCCUUGGAUGGCUGCAUAAACACAAGAUGGAGGACAGCUCAAGAUUCAGGAUUCUUGAUAUCAGCUGGUUGACAGCCUGCAUGGAGGUGGGAAGACCAGUGGAUUUUGAGAAAUAUCAGCUUCCUGUAAGUCAACAUAUUGCCCCCAACAACAAUCCGGGUCCUCCUGCUACUCCAGAUAUUGGCGGAAUUCGCAUUUCCCCGUAUGCCUGCCAGAGAAGGACAACUUUAAAGAAUUUCAACCAAAAGUUGACGGAUGCCUUUGAAAUCCUGGCUGAACACUGUGAAUUCAAUGAAAAUAAAGAAUUGUGCCUUACAUUUGGAAGAGCAGCUUCCGUGCUGAAGUAUCUUCCAUUCCCUGUAGUCCGAGUGAGUAACAUUGAAGGGCUUCCCUGGAUGGGAGAACGAGUCAAAGAAGUAAUUGAGGAUAUAUUAGAAGAAGGGGAGAGUUCUAAAGUGAACGCGGUGCUAAACGAUGAAAGCUACAGAUCAAUUAAACUCUUCACUUCUGUUUUUGGAGUUGGACUGAAGACAUCUGACAAAUGGUACCGAAUGGGACUACGAACUCUGGAAGAAGUCAAAUGUAACAAGAACCUAACAUUGACAAGAAUGCAAAGAGCAGGUUUCUUGUACUACGAUGACCUUAUUAGCUGUGUAUCUAAAGCCGAAGCAGACGCAGCAACCCGGAUUGUUCAAGAUACAGUGUGGAGAAUUUCACCCCAUGCAAUUGUAACAUUAACUGGUGGCUUCCGAAGGGGGAAGCAGACUGGACAUGAUGUAGACUUUCUGGUUACCGUUCCAGGAUCAAGGCAGGAAGAAGAAUUGUUACACACCGUGAUUGAUAUCUGGAAGAAACAGGAAUUGCUCUUAUAUUAUGAUCUGAUUGAAUCAACGUUUGAAAAUACAAAGUUGCCAAGCAGAAACGUCGACGCUUUAGAUCAUUUCCAGAAGUGCUUUGCAAUUUUAAAAGUCCACAAGGAAAGCGUGAACAGAGGAAGCGCCAGCCAAUCAAAGCUUUUUGCUGACGAAGGAGCAAAAGACUGGAAAGCAAUUCGUGUGGAUCUGGUUGUUACUCCGUUUCAACAUUAUGCAUUUGCUCUCUUAGGAUGGACGGGAUCUAGGCAAUUUGAACGUGAUCUGCGGAGAUAUGCCAGCCAUGAGAAGAAAAUGAUGUUGGAUAAUCAUGCCUUAUACGAUAAAACCAAGAGAAUUUUUCUGAGUGCUGAAAAUGAGGAAGAAAUAUUUUCACACCUUGGCUUGGAUUACCUUGAACCCUGGGAAAGAAAUGCCUAA